CAUCCAUCCUCUUCAUCCCCUCUCCCAUAUACCCGGCCCAGCGAUCAUGGCAGGCGUCGACCCCGUGGCCGCCGCCGCGCUCUCCUCGGCGCCCUACUCCGCGUCCGACCUCGCCGCCCUCGCCUCCAGCCUCGCGACUGUGCCCACGGAAACGCUCCGCGCCGCCCUCGAGGCAUGUUCGGUGCCCUCGCGCUCGCCCCUCGCCGUAUUCACAAACUGGGCGCGCACAUUCGAGUGCCGCCCGCAGCGCGUCUUCGCGCCUACGACCCCGCUCCAGUGCCGCCAGAUUGCCGAGCUGGCGCGGCGCGACGGCGCCACCGUGCAUCCCGUUGGCGUGGGGCAUUCGCCUUCCGACCUUGGGUGCACAAACGGAUGGCUGGUGCGCAUGGAGGGCGUGCAGGGGACGUUGGAUAUUUCCCACACUGAUCGCACGGCGACGUUUCAGGCCGGCACGACGCUGCAUGCCGUCCACGCCUCCCUGGCUGCCGCGCAGCCGCCACUCGCCCUCCGCAACAUUGGGAGCAUCAGUGACCAGACGAUCGGCGGCCUGAUCAGCACGGCGACGCACGGCUCAGGCGUGACAUACCCGGUCAUCUCGGCGGACGUGCGCUCACUCGUCCUCAUCCUCCCGCUGCCCGGCGCGCCAGUUGUACGCGUGUCGCGCGAGGCGGACCCCGCGCUCUUCGCCGCCUCGCAGUGCGGCCUCGGCGCAACCGGCCUCAUCCUCGCGGUCGAGAUCACCGUCGAGGACGCCUACCGCCUCGAGGAGGUCAAGGAUGUAUACGGCGUCGACGAGGUUAUUGACAGCCUGGACGAGAUUAGCUCGUCUGCCCAGCAUGUCCGUGUCUGGUGGUACGCCAGUGGCGGCAUGGUCGUAGCCCGUGCCAACAGGACAUACAUGCCUGCCAACCCCCAACCAAGCCUCAUGGGCCACAUCCUCGGAUACCACGUCACACAGUUCCUCCUCUUUGUUAGCCGCUUCUGGCGCAACUUUACACCAUAUGUCGGCAAGUGGGCGUGGUGGCUCGCUGGGCGGCAUAGUGUGACCGUUGACGACGGGUACAAGGUCUUCAAUUUCGACUGCCUCUUCCCGCAAUACACGUCCGAGUGGGCACUCGACGCUGCCGCCGCCGCCGACUGCCUCCGUGCGCUCCGCGACUAUGUCGCUGAGGAGACAGCCGACCCCAACGGACAGCGCGUCCACUUCCCCGUCGAGAUUCGGUGGAGCGCGCCUGACGACAUUCCCCUUUCGCCCAGCUACGGGCGGCGCACAUGCUGGAUCGGCGUCGUCACAUACAGACCAUACGGGCUGCCCGUGCCCUACCGGGUCUUCCAGACGCGCUUUGCGCAGAUCUGCGCAGCGCACGGUGGCCGUCCUCACUGGGCAAAGGAGCACUGGCUCGCGCCAAAGGAUGUCGAGGAGACGUACGAGCGUUUCCCCGAGUUCCGGUCGGUGCUGCAGCGCGUUGAUCCUCAGGGUGUGCUCCGCUCCGAGUAUGUCAGGAGGCACAUUCUUGGCGAGGACUUGCCGUUGCGCAUGUUCAAGCGGCGCCCGUGAGAGAGGGUGGUGGUGGCGUGUAGUAGAAUACAUAGACUUUUAAUGGUUACAGGAUUGGGUAUGGGGAUGCGGGUUACCAUUAUGUCACUUGGUAUCAUCA